AUGUCCGAACAUCCAGCAACAACAACAACUACAUCGCUAUCAACAAAAGAAGAUGAAGUAAACAACAACACAACUUUAUCAAAUAGUUUAAAAGGAAAGAAAUUUGAAGGCGAUGGACUUCGAUUUAAAGGUAAACUUAUCGGCACGGAAGAUUUGUCAGUUGAUCGUGAUGAAAAACUUUGUCUCGACUCUAUGCUUAAAUUAAAAGCUGCUGUACGUACUCGUGGUGAACAUAAACAACGAAUUCAAUUAAAGUUAACAAUGAUUGCUGUGAAAAUUAUCGAUGAUGCCACUAAAAAAGAAAUUGUUAACCAUGAACUUGAUCGUAUAUCUUUUGUUGUUAUUGAUCCACGUGAUUUACAUGCAUUCGGAUAUAUUUAUAAUACAUCUGAUGAUCGUCAUCAAAUUUGGGCUAUAAAAACUGAACGACCAGCUGCUAUGACUGUAAUUAAACUAAAAGAACUUUUUGAUUUGAUCUUUGAACAAUUUACAAAUGCUGAAACAGCGAAAGAAGUUGGUCAAACAGUCGUAACGCGAACACAUCCCCUACCACCAUCAUUGUCACAACCGAAAGAAUCAUCUUUGGCUCGUACAACAGCAAAAGAAAAUUAA